AUUGGCGAAACUCGCUGUCAGUCAAAGGUGCGUGCAUCUGAUUGGUCAAAUGUGAGCGGAUGUUUUCUUCACGGCUCUGGUUUACGGCAAACGCCUGCGAGAGAAACGCGUCUGAUCAUCUGCGGGAACAAACGACAAAAAUCAGAGAUGAUUGAGGUGGUCUGUAAUGAUCGUCUGGGGAAGAAGGUUCGGGUCAAAUGCAAUCAGGAGGACACGAUCGGAGACCUGAAGAAGCUGAUCGCAGCGCAGACCGGCACUCGGUGGGACAAGAUCGUGCUCAAGAAAUGGUACACCAUAUUCAAGGACCACGUGUCACUGGGAGACUAUGAAAUCCAUGACGGCAUGAACCUCGAGCUCUAUUACCAGUAGAAAACACACACACACACACACACACACCUCAACACAUCUCACACACACACACACCUCAACACAUCUCACACACACACACACACACACACACACAGCAACACAUCUCUCACUCACACACACACACACACACACACACAGCAACACAUCACACCACUAACACACACACACACACACACAGCAACACAUCACACCACUAACACACACACAGAGUUUGUGGAGCGAGUUGUUUUCAUCAUGUCUCGAGGCAUCAGAAUAUUUGUUCAGUUGAAUUGUUUUGAUAUUGUUUGGA